GCUAGCAUCUACCUUCACCUUGACCUUGCUUCUUCAUCACCGUAUGACAUCUACUAGAGUAAGUUGUAGUCUUCAGCUUCACAAGACUGCUACAUUGAUAGAAGUAAGUCGGGAGAAAAUCUAGCUCAUUGAUAGAUCGAUGGAUUUUACAACUAGAUGCGUGAAGGUAGAAACUAAUAUGAAGAUCAUAAAUCGUCUAGGUUCACUAGAAAAUAGGGGUAGUAAAAACUAUACACAACUUACUAUAUCAAUAUCUUCGCCACAGACAAGAUGCUGGUAAUCCAAUUUUCAGGAGAAAUCCGCACCACUAAACGGUCUCUCGAGUUCUUGCACGAAUACUUACACUCGUCGUGAUCAAUCGUUUAUGAUCUUCUGUUUUGAGCAGUACCAGUACAACCAGUAGUUGUAGCAGGAAGAAAGUGCGUUGUACUUAUUACUCAUGAGACAUGCGUGAGAAGAUUUACAGUUAGAUUUUUGUCACGUGAUAUUUGUUUUCUUAUUAGUUGUGCAAGGGGUACUUAUACAACCAUCCCUGACUCCCCCGUGCAUCUGUGUUUUUAAAGUUUCUUUGAUGGGUGAGCCUGAGAGAACCCCAUGAUGAUGCUGUUUUCUGAUCUCCCCCCUCUAUGUAAUCUGAUAGUACAUGCGGGACGCGAGAGGUAAGAGGUUUUGGUAGGCGUGCAUCUAGUCCACUUUCACGCUCCAAAGCUUAUUUGUACGUCUUACAACUGCAACAAUUAGUGGAGCUGCUGUGCCGCAUUGUCACUGUGAGAUGUUGUCUGAUAUUUAUUUAAUAAAUUUUAAUAUAUGUCAGUUCUUGUACAAGGAAGAUAGCGAAUGCACAUGCCGAUCGACUGCGUGAAACUUUGGAGAAGAACCAGCGUGAGAAAGUCACUCGCACAAGCAUGAGAAAAAUGCCGAACAAAGUCAUGGAUGAAAUGGAAGAAAAUGCAGGAUGAUGCACAAAAAACAGAGGACGCGAUCCCUCGAUAUCAGUUUAACCUAGUCAAUAGCUCAACCUCAAAAAGUUCUCUGCGAGCAGAACGAGGCGGUAGCUAGAUUAUGUAUAACUGAUAAUGAUGAUCCCCCUGCGGAGCAUUGAUACUCAGCUUCUUUGCAUCCAUGCCGGCUGUGUUUCUAAACACAGUUCUGACACAUGUCAUCCUGCUUUGUCCGGUCAUGACAUGAUGUAUAUUGCUUCUCACAUGCAAUUUAGAGGCUUUCCCUACGGGUCGGUCCCUCUUUAUUGA